CGGCCCGGGGGCCCGGGCGGCGGGGGCGGGGGGCUCCGCCCUGGACUGCAGCGGUCCUCAGGACGCCCCCCCAGAACGUCAGUGCUUCUGUGCCGGGCGCUAGCCAGGGCCCCCCCACACACACUGCUCUCCAAAAGGCCGCUCCAGAUGUGUCCCGCAUGAACGCCCCCUGCUCGGACGGCUGCCAGAGCGCCUUCAUUCGUGACGGUCCCCUCACCUGCCAGGCCCCCCACCAAUGCUUUCUCUAGGAUCUCUUUCACAGAGUUCACCGUCAUUGCUUCUUUUGCAGGGCAGUCCCCCGAUGCCACCAGCAUUGCUCCUCUUCUAGUGCAGUGGCUCGUGAACCCUAAAGGACUGCCUCCGAAGAGGGCUGCAUUCGUGCUUUGCGACAUAACUGUCCCCCACUAACGAUGAUUACAUACAUUCCACUCCCAGAGCCCCUUUUGUCGUAAAAAUGUUUUCUAUUCGGAUCAAAAUGCUAUUUACCCAUGUAACCCCUCCUUAAUUCCGCUCAAGAAUACCCCUUUCAAACACACCCCUCAACGAACAGCUCCCUCUAGCGUUCUCCUUUAAUACCCACAUCUUCCCUCCUGCCACCCCCCUCCCAGGCCCCCAGCAGAAAAACCUGUCUGCUUAGCACCAGACUCUGCUCCUGCAUUCAUCCUGGCCUCCUCUGCCUUCAGUACUUCUGCUCUAGAACAGAGCACGGCAGUGGGACGUUCUUAGAAUGCUCUCCUUCCCCUAGCCUUAGCCAGUUCUGUAGUCACUUGCAGCCAGCUUGCAUGACACUUCCCUGGACUUCCUAGGGAAGGUUCCCUGGCUCCACCAGGGUGCAACACACCUCUUUCUGUAGACAUUUGUUGUUCAUGGAGUGACUAUUCACUCUUCCAGGUCCAGGGCAUAUAGUUGGGAAGGAGAGAGGUGCAGACAGUUUUUCAUCUUAUGAAGUUUUAAAGUUUAAUUAAGGCAGAUCAGAAACAAAAAAAACAAUAAGCAGUAUAAUGGUGGCUCUCCAGGAGGCUGGUGAGCCUCUUCGGAAGUGAAACCUGAAUCAUGAGAGGUAAUUUAGCAAGGCAAAGAUCUUGGUAAACAGCCAGGGGGGACAGGGCACUGUGACCAUGGUGAGUAGAGGAGCAGUGGAGGAGGCUAGUGAGGGUGGAGCAUGAAAAUUGAAGGGAAGAGUGUUGCAGGGAAGGCUGAUGGCAGAGAGCCUAGGACACCUCUUCUGGCCCAAGCCCGGAAGGCACAUCAUUCAUUUGUUCACACACACACUUGCAGCUAUUUUAUGAGUGCCCACUUCACCCUAGAAAUGCCACAAGAACAAAACAGGCGAAAAUCCCAGUCCAUGUGGACUGGAUAUGCUGUCAAGAGGGCAGACAACUAAAAAUCAAAAUCCAUAGAAAUACAAAGUCAUAUAGUGGGCUAAGGAGACAGAGUUAUAGGGCUGGGGUUUUAGGAAGACCUCACCCAAGAUUCCCUCACUCUCCAGUAAACCAUAGGACAAAAAGUUAGAUUUGGGUGUAAAUCCCACUCCUCUGGACAAUUGUAGCCCACCACAGGGCUGCUUUUAACACCCUCUCCCCAGGAGCAAAUGAUUAAGAGGGGCUACUAGGGCUCAUAACUUAAAGCACUUUCUCUCUUCAAUCACUUUCUCUCUUCCCCUCCUUCAUUAAUUUAAUCAAUGAGUACUUAUCAAGCCAGGCACUCUUGUUGGUCCUGAGAACAGAGUAGUGAACAAAAUGUAAACAUUGCUUCUGAGCUGGGUUUGGUGCCUAUUAUCUCAGUGACUUAGGAGGGUGAAGCAGGAGGAUUGCAAGUUCAAGGCCAGCCUCAGCAACUUAGCAAGGUUCUAAGCAACUUGGUGAGAACCUGUGUCAAAAAUUAAAAAGGACUGGGGUUGUAGUUCAGUUGUAAAGCACCCCAGGGUUCAUUUUCCAGUAUCUGCCACCCCCGUUGUUUUUUUUCCUCCGCCUCUUCAGUGGCACCAGCUUAUGAUCCCAGCUACUUGGAAGGCUGAGGCAGGAGGAUUUUAGUUUGAGACCAUGUGAGCAACUUAGCCAGAUCCUGCCUCUAUACAAAAAACGUUUUUUUAAAAGGGCUAGGGUUGUAACAGGCGGUUAGAGCAGUUUCCUUACAUGCGCAAGGCCCUGGGUUCAAUUCCCAGUACUGAAAACAACAACAAAAUAUUGAAAAAAAACCAAAACAAAACAAAAACCACUCUCUCUGGAGAGGGAGACCAGCAAAACAAGACAGGCUGGCAGAACGUGUGGAGCAUUAGGUGAUGGUGAUGGAGGGAGAUGAAGCAGUGGGGAUGUGGGCCUGGCCGUGGGCUACAGUGGUCACCAAGAGCCAGUUUGAGAAGACAAAGUGGAGCAGACAGGAAGGAGGUGAGAGAAGGAGUUAGAGCACUUUGGGCAAGGCAGCAGCCCUGGGCAUGGGUGGAGUGGACACACUGGUGUCUGUGGGGGCCUGUGGGGGAGGUGGAGGUCAUCCUAAGGUCUCAGUUGUGCUCUGAGUAGAGUCACUGUAGGGUUUUGAUUAGAAGAAGAUCAUGGUUUGACUCUAGUCCUAUCUUUAAAUGGGAAUAGUAAUGUUUAUGAGUUUGUUGUGAAGUUGAGACAAGUCACAUGAGUCAACAAACAAUAGAGUUAACAAAUGUCAGUGGCUUACCAUGGAUUGAGUCCACCCAAGAGAUUGAGAUUAGGUGGCAGGGAGGUGGGUGAAGCAGAUCAUGUCUCCAGUAUACAAUGGAAUGGGGGCUCCACCGUUGUCUCAGAAGGUAAAAUACUGAAGGCAUAUGUAGGGAGUCACACCUGCUGUGUGAUGUUGGGAGACUAAUUUACCUCUUGGUUACUUUCUUAGUUACUUCCUUUGUAUUUCAGAGUCAAUAUGUGUAACCAUCUGGGCAUGGAGGUGCACACCUGUAAUCCCAGCAACCCUGGAUGAUGAGGCAGUAGGUCCCAAAUUCUGGGCCAGCCCGGGCAAUUUAGACUCUGUCUCAAAAUUUAAAAGUGGAAGUGGUGGGGGAGGCUGGGGAUGCAGCUCGUUGGUAGAGUCCCCCGGGUUCAUUUCCCAGUACCAGAAGGAAAAAACCACCAAAUUAAUUUAACUUGUCUCAUAGGGUGUUUGGGAGGAGGGUUUAGAAGAGUGCUUGGCUGGUGGGAGGCUCUUACCCAGGGCUCCGUGCCUCUGUGCAUCACUGUUAGAUAACAACAGGCUGGAAUUUCAUCAUGAGCGCUGUGUUGCAGCUGAAUAGCUCACAGGUCCUGACAUCAGAAAGAACUAGAAUCAAGAACCUGGCUUCCCUCUUACUGGCUAUGUGACCUUGGGGGAAUAACUCAGCUCCUCAGUUCCCCACUUAGCAGAUGGGACCAAGAAUGGCGAGACUGUUGUGAGGCACUAAGGACAUGGUACACAUCAAACUGGGCCAAUGUAGAUGUGAGCGGUCACAGCUUUCACUGUGGGACCUCUCUCCCCACUAUGCCUCUCUGCAUAAAGCCCUUCUGUGACACAUUUCCCCUCAGAGAGACAAUGUGAAGCUCACUGAGUCCUCAGAAAGAGGAAGUAUCUUAUUUCCCACUGGAAGUCAUCUUGAGACUGACCGUUCUCUCCCCACUAACCACCCCCCGCACCUGCCCACCUUGCCCUCUGUGCCACAGCACUGUUCCCAGAGCCUGCUGUCUGCUCCCUGGGGAGCAGUCAGCUUGUCCUGCACCUGCUCGCUCCACAGAGCUUCAUCAGCUCGGGCGCUCGCGGCGGUCCUGUCCCUCUGGGCACUGCUUUGGCUGCAUUUCUUCAGCUUUGGUGUGUUGUGGUUUUGUUUUCUUUCACUGCAAAAAGCAUUUUCAAAUUUCCCUUGUGAUUUCUUGACGGACCCUUUGGAGAUUUAGGAAGGGGUUUAAUUUCUACAUAUCGGCAAGUAUUUGUCAGGUGCCGACCCAGCGUCCAUGAGUGCUGUGCUGGGUCCUGGGGUCACACUAGGGAACAAGGUAGGCCAGGUCUGCGCUCUCAGUGAGAGCAGACAGUAAACACACAGCGAGGAGGACAUCACCAGCCAGUGGCAGUGACUGGGAUGUAGAGAAGAGUGGGAUGGUGGCCUGGGAAUGCCACCAGGAGGAGGCUCUGAGGAAGAACAUUCCAGGCAGAAGGAAAGAUCCAUGUUGAUUUUUUUUUCCCAAGAUAGUAGCCAACACCCCCUCCUACCAGGUUCCUUGUGCAGACCUCCCUCAUACCCAGAAGGAUGUGGAAUAAGAGGGAAUAAGACUCCUGCCUCCACUCCCAGGACACAGCUUCUAGCUGCUCAGGCCAGUUGCUCCCUUAUCGACUGUUGCUCUAUGACCUUGAGCAAGUCACUUGGCCCCUCUGUGCCUCUAUUUUCUCACCUUUACAAUGGAGAGAACAAAUAUCCCAUCUCAGUUUUGGUGGGAUUCAGUGAUUUAACGGGAUAAUGUGCUCAGAAAGGUGGGCAGCCUGUGGAAAUGCCAGCCAGCCACAGCUGUUAGUAACAGGUAAUGUCCACCUUCCCACCACCCCAAGUUGCUCCCCUAAGCCCAGCAUUCCUGCACUGAGUGUUUUCUCCUAACCCCUGGGGCCCGACCUAGGUUCUGCCUUUGCUCCUUCUGGAGAGAGAUUAAAUGGAGAAAGUAUGAAGGGCAUGGAAUGUCAAGCCUUGUCCAAGGACAAGGACACUCAGAGCUGGAGAUAAAAAUACCGGUGGACAGGGGUUGGAGGAGGCACUCACCUUUUACCUGUGGGAGGAGAGAACCUGCCAUGCUGACAAAGGAUGAGGGUCUGUGUCUUGGGAGGCCCCUAGGUUCCUAAAGUGGGCUGGACACUGAGCCAGGCCUCAAGGGUAGGGAUGAUGGGCAUGUAGCAGACCCCAUGGGCACCUCUCUUAUUGGCUCAAAGGCUGGCUGGGUCCUGAGAACUCAGAGCCACUGCAGGAGCCAGUGCUGGGGCGACUGUUCAGACAGGACAGCUGCAGUCUGGGACGUUAAGUACUCCUAGGCAGAUGCUGGGAGUGCUUGCUUGAGCUCCCCCAGGUGUGUGAUGUCAUCAGGGCUGUGUGCAAAGCUCAGGGGACAGAUGUGUUCCAUUAUGUGCUGUGUCAGCCUCUUCAGUCCCCCUGCAGUUCAGGACUUCCAGCCCUGUUUUAAACAUGGAGAAAGUGUGGACCCCAGCAGAUGGCAUUAGACCCCAUGUCUUCCCAGUCGCAGGGCCUGUGAGGUGCUGUCUGGAUCAGGCUGUCCUCCAGAAACACCAGCACCCUUGCAAGCAGACGCUUCUUCCCACCUUGAAUUCCUGGAGAGCCCCUUCCCCAGGACCGCCUCUUCCUGUUCUCUUGCCUUCUCCUGACUUCCCUUUUCUACUCCUAGAAGCAGUAGCGGUAACGACACGUGGUGAUACUUUCCAUUCAUGCCAGCAGCACUUUACCUCGAGAGCUUCCACGUGCCAACACUGCGUCCUCGUAACAGCCCUGUGGCCUAGGGAUAUGCUCUUCUUCCCCCUUUGGAGAUGAGGUGGUCGCUUAGUUAGAAAGUGGCAGGGCUUAGAUUUGAACUUGGCAUUCUCGCUCCGGAGCCCACUCUCCGAAUCACUCUGACAGAGCUGCUGUUACCCUCAUUUUACAGAGGCAAGCAAGUCCUGAGGGGACUGAGAACAGAAAGUGGAACCCGAGGUGACAGAGAGUCUUAGAACUGAGAUCAGAGGCUCCCCCAGUGCCAGGGGAACUAGACUGAGAAGGAGAGAAUGGACUUGCAGGUGGUGAGGGGGAGGAUCUGGAGAUGGACUGGGAGGGUCUCCCUUCUCCCCAUCUGCCAGAAAUGGAGGCAAACCCGGCAGGCAGCAGUGCCGGGGGUGGUGGGAGCAGCGGCAUCGGGGGCGAGGACGGGGUUCAUUUCCAGAGCUACCCAUUUGACUUCUUGGAAUUCCUCAACCACCAGCGCUUCGAGCCCAUGGAGCUGUAUGGGGAGCAUGCCAAGGCCGUGGCAGCCCUGCCCUGUGCCCCGGGGCCCCUACCUCAGCCUCCGCCCCAGCCCCCACCUCCCCAAUAUGACUACCCACCCCAAUCUACUUUCAAACCCAAGGCGGAGGCUCCUUCCUCCUCCUCCUCCUCCUCCUCCUCCUCCUCCUCCUCCUCGUCCUCUUCCUCCUCCUCCUCGUCGUCCUCCUCCUCAUCGUCGUCCUCUUCUCAAGCCAAGAAGCCAGAUCCGCCCCUGCCACCCGCUUUUGGGGCCCCUCCGCCUCCGCUCUUUGACGCUGCCUUCCCUGCCCCACAGUGGGGUAUCGUUGACCUCUCGGGACACCAGCACCUGUUUGGAAACCUGAAACGAGGAGGGCCGGCUUCUGGGCCGGGGGUAGCACCUGGGCUGGGUGCUCCAACAGGUGCACCGGGGCCACUUCCAGCCCCCUCGCAGACCCCACCAGGACCCGCCGCAGGGGCGGCCUGCGACCCAACCAAGGAUGACAAGGGCUACUUCCGGAGGCUGAAAUACCUGAUGGAGAGGCGCUUCCCCUGCGGUGUGUGCCAGAAGUCCUUCAAGCAGUCCUCGCACCUGGUGCAGCACAUGCUAGUCCACUCCGGGGAGAGGCCUUACGAAUGCGGCGUCUGUGGCCGCACCUACAACCAUGUCUCCAGCCUCAUACGCCACCGCCGCUGUCACAAGGAUGUGCCACCAGCUGCCGGGGGUCCACCACAGCCCGGACCCCCACUCCCUCAACUGGGUCUCCCAGUCCCCACAGCCAGUGCAGCGGCUGCUGUCCCCACCACGGUUUCCUCUGGCCCCCCAGCCACACCUUCCGCGCCUGCCACCUCUGGGGAUGCCAACACCGCCCCCACUGCCCCUGCAGGCGUUGGCGUGCCCCCUCCGUCCACUACAGGUGGUGAGGGCCCAUUUGCCUGCCCACUCUGCUGGAAGGUGUUCAAGAAGCCCAGCCACCUUCACCAGCACCAGAUCAUCCAUACGGGCGAGAAGCCCUUCUCCUGCUCCGUGUGCAGCAAGAGCUUCAACCGGAGAGAGAGCCUCAAGCGGCACGUGAAGACACACUCCGCAGACCUCCUGCGCCUCCCCUGCGGCAUUUGCGGCAAGGCCUUCCGGGAUGCCUCCUACCUCCUCAAGCACCAGGCGGCCCACGCGGGGGCGGGGAGCCCUCGGCCGGUGUACCCUUGCGACCUGUGUGGCAAGUCCUACUCAGCGCCGCAGAGCCUACUUCGGCACAAGGCUGCCCAUGCCCAGCCUGCGGCUUCGGAGGCAUCCAAGGACGGUGCUGCCUCUGUCCCGCAGCCCCCACCCACCUUUCCCCCUGGCCCCUACCUCCUGCCCCCGGACCCACCCACCACAGACAGCGAAAAGGCAGCAGCGGCUGCAGCCGCAGUGGUAUAUGGCGCCGUGCCAGUCCCACUCCUGGGUGCCCAUCCGCUGUUGCUUGGUGGGGCAGGGACCAGCGGGGCUGGAAGCUCUGGCACCAGUGUCCCAGGAAAGACUUUCUGCUGCGGCAUCUGCGGGCGUGGCUUUGGGCGCCGGGAGACCCUGAAGCGCCAUGAGCGCAUUCACACUGGAGAGAAGCCCCACCAGUGCCCCGUGUGCGGGAAGAGGUUCCGCGAGUCCUUCCACCUGAGCAAGCAUCACGUGGUGCACACCCGCGAGCGGCCCUACAAGUGUGAACUCUGCGGCAAAGUCUUCGGCUACCCACAGAGCCUGACCCGUCACCGCCAGGUUCACCGGCUGCAGCUGCCGUGUGCCCUGGCCGGGGCCGCGGGCCUCCCCACCACCCAGGGUGCCACAGGAGCCUGUGGGCCUGGGCCCUCCGCCGCGUCUGGGGGGCCCUCGGACGGCCUAAGCUACGCCUGCUCAGACUGCGGAGAACACUUCCCAGACCUCUUCCACGUCAUGAGCCACAAGGAAGCCCACAUGUCUGAGAAGCCGUACGGCUGCGAUGCCUGCAGCAAGACCUUUGGCUUCAUCGAAAACCUCAUGUGGCACAAGCUGGUCCACCAGGCUGCCCCAGAACGCCUGCUCGCACCCACGCCGGGUGGCUCCCAACCCCCUGAUGGCUCCAGCGCCACUGAUGCGGCCAGCGUGCUGGACAACGGGCUGGCGGGAGAAGUAGGGGCGGCUGUGGCAGCGCUAGCAGGAGUGUCUGGGGGCGAGGACGCUGGUGGGGCUGCAGUAGCCGGGGCCGGUGGAGGUGCCAGUUCGGGUCCUGAACGCUUUAGCUGUGCCACGUGCGGCCAGAGCUUCAAGCAUUUCCUGGGCCUAGUGACUCAUAAGUAUGUGCACCUGGUGCGGCGGACCCUGGGCUGUGGCCUCUGUGGCCAGAGCUUCGCGGGCGCCUAUGACUUGCUCCUGCACCGCCGCAGCCAUCGGCAGAAGCGGGGUUUCCGCUGUCCGGUGUGUGGGAAGCGCUUCUGGGAGGCAGCUUUGCUGAUGCGCCACCAGCGAUGCCACACAGAGCAGCGGCCCUAUCGCUGUGGUGUGUGUGGCAGAGGUUUCCUGCGCUCAUGGUACCUGCGGCAGCAUCGCGUGGUGCACACCGGUGAGCGGGCUUUCAAAUGUGGCGUGUGCGCCAAGCGCUUUGCACAAUCGUCUAGUCUGGCAGAGCAUCGGCGGCUGCACGCAGUGGCUCGGCCCCAGCGCUGCGGUGCCUGUGGCAAGACCUUCCGCUACCGCUCCAACCUGCUGGAGCACCAGCGGCUACACUUGGGCGAGCGCGCCUACCGCUGUGAGCACUGUGGCAAGGGCUUCUUUUACUUGAGCUCUGUGCUGCGCCACCAGCGCGCCCAUGAGCCCCCGCGGCCCGAGCUACGCUGUCCCGCUUGCCUCAAGGCCUUCAAGGAUCCCGGCUACUUCCGUAAGCACUUGGCGGCCCACCAGGGUGGCAGGCCCUUUCGCUGCUCCUCCUGUGGGGAGGGCUUCGCCAACACCUAUGGCCUGAAGAAACACCGUCUGGUGCACAAGGCCGAGGGCCUGGGGGGCCCUGGAGCAGGGGCAGGAGCCCUGGGGAAGGAUGCCUGACCCCAGAGUUUUAUCUGCCACUCCAAUCAGAUGUCCCUUCUUGACUCCUCCCUCCUAGGGCUGCUGAUCAGACUCUUCCCCCUCCUUGCUGUCACCUGUCCUUCUGAACUUCAUAUGUUUUGAGUCUCCUUCAGGGCACAUGCCCUACAAAUCAAGACUGAAUCACUCCCAUCCUGGAUCUCUGGACCUCCCCUCAUUCUGUCAGACACUGAACUGAACCCUCUGUCCAACCCUCUCUUGUAACCCUCACUAGCCACCCCCAGCAGCAUUCUGCCCUGGGAGCUCUUUGGUGGAGAUUAAUCUGAACUGCCUCCCCUUUGGAAUCUGGCUGGACAGCAGAUAUGAGCUGAGUUGGGAGGGCACAAGGGGGGUCUGGGUGCUCUUGGAUGGUGGGGUGGGGGUGGGGUGGCAGACGAAGCUUGUACAGAGCAGAGGACAAUAAAUCUUAUCAACAGGGUGGAUGAAGUUUAUCUUCAGAUCUCAGGGAGAGUGGGGGUUAAGUGUUGGUGAGAUGCAAGGCUGAGAACUUUUGUUUCCUUGGGGAUUGUGAUUCCCAGGCACCCUCUGCCUCACAAGCUGUGUUUCAGCUGGUAUUCACUAAGGUUUGGCCACAUUCCAAGCAUUGGCCCACUGGUUGGGCCAAUGAAAGUGAGCAAAACAGGUAGGUUUCUCCUGUCAAGAGCUGGCUGGGGGUACAGACUGCCCUGCAUGGCACUUUCAGUGUUUGCUCACUUGCCACCAUUUCCUGAAACCCCUGUCUUUCAGGUCCCAAGCUGGGGCACUGGGUGAGUUAGACAUGGCCCUCACCCUUCAGAAGACUAGAGAACUCCUGUCAGGCAUAUCACAGCCUCGUGUGGACUCAAUUUACAGCUCACUUGUAGCACCUGCCUCUCCAGGAUAAUGAUUUGGGGUUUCAAAAGCCCUUUCAGAGAUCCAUGGUGGUACAUGCCUGUAAUUCCAGCAACUUGGGAGUCUGAGGCAGGAGGAUGACAAGUUCAAGUCUGGCCUGGGCAACUUAGUGAGACCUGUCUCAACAAAAUAUAAAAAGGGAUGGGGAUGUAGUUCAAUGGUAAAGUACCUCUGGGUUUGUCAACCCCCAGUACCAAAAAACAAACAAACAAACCAAAAAAACUUAUGCAACUCUCAUUUUCAUACAUCACAGAACUGUGUGAUAUAUGUCCUGCAGUACAAGUUUAUAGUCAUCCCACUUGUCAGAAGAGGAGCAUGGGGUCCUGGAGAACAAAAGAGCUCCAAGGACACCUGGCAAAUUCAUGGUAGAAUUGGGACUCAUCUCAGGGUACUUUAAUACUGAAACUUGAAGAUGAAACAGGGAACACUGUCUGGGCAGGUCUAGUGUGACCCACAAGAAGGCAGCAACCCAGUGUGCCAAGUUCUCAUGCUGCAGACCUACCAUGAAACAGCCUACAGCAGAGCUCCAGGGCUCCAAGGUCAACUGGAAGUGGAAGUGUCACUGAAGACUGAGGGAGCAUGGAGUAGUCACCUUACCAGACUGGGGCAAGUGUUAGAAAAGCUUCCUCGAAAGGAGGGUGAGAUCUGAACAGCGGCAUAAAGCAACAAGAGCUUGCCAGGUAAAAACAUGGGCAAAUAAUCCCAGGAAGAGGAUGGGGUGUAUCCAACUAAAUCCAGCCAUUCUAGAGAAUUUAAAAUGUAGUAUAACUGGAGGUUGGAGUGGGUGUGUGGCUGGAUCCUGAAGGGGCUUGAAUUCUAAAUUGUACAGUUGGGAAGUUUUUUAGGCUAAAGGCUGAAAACUAUCAGCAGCCAGUCUGGAAGCAAUUCAAACCAUUUAGUUUGUGCAUUAAAAAACAAAAACUUUGAGUGGUUGGGAUGUAGCUCAGUGGUAGACCCCUUGGAUAGCAUGCUCAAGGCCCUGGGCUUGGCUUAGUUAGCAACAUUGUGGAAUCCAAGGAUUUUAUGUAAAAUCCUUUGAUUUUACAUAAUGUUAACUAAUGGAACUUCUGAAAAUCUGAAGAAUCUAUCAAACCCAAUCUGCAUCCCUGUUGGCACUGAGUGCCAUUACCUUCUCCUGAGGUGUGAAUGUAAAUGCUCCGUUUACUCUCAAUCCCACCACUCCUUGCUGAAUGCCAACACUGAGCCCAAGUGUCAGUUGCCAUGUUUCACCUCACAGAUACUUUUGCCUUUAAAUCUGGCCAAGCAGCUCUGGUAGGUAUUUACAUUUGUGAUCCCUUCUCAAAAGUCACAAGGAGCUGUGGAUUGGUGUCAAGUAUACAAGUGUCUCCAGUGUUGGAGAAUGGAGAAGGUAGGGCCUCAGCUGGGCUGCUGUGCAGUUAUCCAGAUGUGAGGUCACUGUUGUCUUGGUCUACAAGAAUAGUGAUGAUGAAGUAUUCAGAUGUCAAAGACACUUAAACGUGCAACGUGGGGAGACUGAUAAGGGAUUAGGUGACGGAGGAAGACCACAGGAACCUGUCGAGGUUCCUGAGAUGGGGAGAACAAGUGUUUUCCUGGGGAAAUGGGUCAGUUUUGUUAACUCAUCUGCAGGCAGUCUUGUGCUGGCUGAUUGGGACUGACACUAGUGGUUUAUUACCUCCUGAGCAUAGCAGGGAGUAGGCAAGUGUGCCAGCUGCAGGGUCCCUACAUUAUGCCAGCCUUCCUGAACCCUCUCCCACACAGAAAUAAAAGGUCUGAACAGCCAGUACCUAUUCAGUCAUAUUCUAAAGGUGAGAACACAGGCUUGGAAAGUGGUACAGUGCAACUUAAAUGUUUAUAGAAGACCACAGCAUGGCCCUGCUCCCCCACUUCCUCAAAGAAGACAACCCAAAUACAAGACUGACAAAGAGAAACCCUUCAUCAAGUCCUUUAAUAGGAAUAGACUGGAGGUUUCCCACCUCCAGCUUCCAAGUCCUCUUAUUCCACAGUGCCGCCAGAAGGCCAUGCUGCCAUUAGCUAGUCCUUCCUUGGGACUGCCUGGGACUAGGCAAUAAACUGCUUCAAAUUCAGAGUGGAGGAAAGUAGAGAAGCCUGAGGCUUCUUUGCAGACGUGUUGGACCACAGGCUCUAAGCCUAAAGCUUCAGAAAGGGGCCAGUAAGUGGUGGACAUCUUCUGCCUGGGGGUUUGUAGGCAACUCAAGUCCAGUGCAAUACAGUGAGGUAGGAAAAGAUUCCACCACCGUCCACCUUAGGGAGCCCCAAAUAGUCCAGCACUCUGCAGAAGGCCUAGACCAGGAACAGUAUGGUGGAUGAGAUUUUCCCACCUUCCACUUGACCCUGGCUCCCCUUUUUUAGAGUCCAGGUUCUGUUACAGGCUACGUUUUGCCCAAGGACAACCUAACAAGAAUGCAAACAGGGCAGUGAAAUGCUUCCCACGGUAUCAUGUUCACCUGGGCACACACAGGGCUGCACUACCCCUCCUGUGGCCUCUCACCUAGGUGCAGUGUGGAUCUCUGGGAGUCCACAACCUUGGUACUCUCCUUCUGCUCCAACACCAGCAGCUCACUACCUCCCUGCUCUGCCCCUGUCUCUUUCUGCCCACACCCUCCCCUGCAAUCUGCCUUCUACUUCCAGAAUUAUCACCCCCAGUCCUGCUCUCCCAGCCUACUGGUCAACUUCCACCUUCACCUUCACCAUUUCCCCAUGCCCCUCUUCCAGAGUGCUAUCUGUCCCGCACCCACUCCCUGACCCUUCAGCCACCAGUGAGCCCAACUGGCUCCCAGAGUCUCCCAACCCAGGCCCCGGCCCAUGGAAGUGGGUGCGCUGGUGCUUGCGGAAGUUGGAGGAGUUGUUGAAAGUGCGAUCGCAGAGGGUGCAGCGGAAAGGGCGCUCGCCAGUGUGGAUGCGGGCGUGGCCGCUCAGCACCGAGGACUGCGUGAAACCCUUGCCGCAGAUGCCGCAAUGAUACGGGCGCUCGCCGGUGUGCACCCUCUCGUGGUCUCGCAUGUCUGAGGAGCGGCGGAACGGUUUGGCACAGAACCUGCAAGCGAAGGGCUUCCCCACCGCCGCGCCAGCAGCCGCAGCGGCCAUCACCACCUCUGACCUCUCCUGCGGCACCCCUGGGCUUGGCUCUCCAGCUGCUGCGGCUUGCGGAGGCCUGCGGGAGGUGCCUGGCUCCAGCCCAUGUCGGUGCUGGUGCCGGAGCAGUGGCGCUAAGGCCUUGAAGGCCCGCGGGCACAGCGGGCAGCGGUAGGGCCGCUCCCCCGUGUGUAAGCUGUAGUGAGCACGGAGGCUGGCGGGACCUGGGCAACUGUGACCACACACGUGACACCGGCUUGGGUCCCCACCCUGCCCGCCCCCAUCCGCGCCUGCCAGGUGGCCAUGUUCAUGGAACAGCAGCUCGGAGACCAGUCGGAAGGCAGCUGGACACAAGGCACAGUGGAAAGAACCUGGCUCUGGUGGCUCUGGUACCAGGGAGGUAUCUGUGACCUUCACCACCUGGAUCUCGAUGAGGUCACUUGGGGGUGUGGCGGGGCGGCCAUCAUCAGGUGCCAGGACCUGGUAGGGGGAGAAGAACAAGGAGCCUGUGGACCCUGCCUGGAGACCUCCCAGAAGCCCCCACUUACUUAAAUGUCUGCUUCACUGCAGGCCACUGCUCCCUCUCCUUCUAGGUCAUUACCAAGUCCCAGGAUGCCACCCCAUGCCCUCAGCUCUUCCCUCUUGCCUAAAAUAUAUCAAGGACCCAGCCACCUCUCCUCCACCCAAGCUCAAACCCCUGUCCUACUUCCAUAGCUGAAAGAGCCUCCUAGAGGGAAUCUGUUCCCACUUCUUCCCCUUAUAAUCCACCUCUCUUGAGCAGCCUGAAUGGGCUCUUGAAAAUGUAAAUCAGAUAAAGCCACUUUCCACUCAAAACCCUCCCAUGGCUCCAAAUGCAAUUAAAACCCCCAAUCCUCGCUAUAGUAGCCACCCUGAUCUGACUCCUGCUUAUCUCUCUGACCCCAAUGUAAACAGAAGCCGGCACCCAGCUGACUUCUGACAUCUAAAUUUAGCUCCCCAACUCCCACUCUAUCAGCUCACUUUUUAUUUUCUUUAUAGAAUGUAUCACCAAAAAAAAAAAAAUCUCAUUUAUAGUCUCUCUCCUCUCAUAGGAUGGCAAGCUACAAGAGAACACAAUCCUUGUCUGUCUUGGUCACCUCUGUUAUAGACCCUGAACAAGCAGCUCAGUAAAUGUUUGUUGAAUUAA